GGUGUCACCCAGAGGUGACUGUAAUGUCACCCAGAGGUGUCACCCAGAGGUUCCUGUAAUGACGUUGGUCCUUCUUCCUUUUUCAAAACAAAAGACGCCAUCGCCACGACGACGAAGCCGACAUCCCGCUCACGGAUAACCCCCAAAAAACGACCUGAAGAAUGAACCUCGAGCCGCCCAAAGCUGAGGUGAAGUCGGCCACCCGGGUCACCGGAGGCCCGGCCACUCCGCGCAAAGGCCCGCCCAAGUUCAAGCAGCGGCAGACCCGGCAGUUCAAGAGCAAGCCUCCGAAGAAGGGCAUCCAGGGGUUUGGUGACGACAUCCCGGGAAUGGAGGGCUUGGGCACAGACAUCACGGUCAUCUGCCCCUGGGAGGCCUUCAACCACCUGGAGCUGAACGAGCUGGCCAAGUACGGCAUCAUCUGACCCGGAGUGUUCUACCCAGAACCACAACAGACUCACUAACACAUGGACCAAAACAAGAAAUAUACAACAACAACAACAACAACAACGUCCUCUUGAUCCGGAUUCUUCUCCUGACCCUACGAGUUCACAACCUCUGCUCAUGUUUAGUAGCCUCACUCCUCACAUCCUCACUCCUCACAUCCUCACUCCUCACUCCUCACUCCUCACUCCUCAC